AUGUGUCAGGGCACAUUUGACCAGCAGCUGUCUUCCACAGAAGACCUGCAGCUGCUGAGUGCCGCCUAUGCCAGCCCGGACGUCACCGACGUGCCGACGUCGUACAUAUUCAAUCCACAUGUAGUCUGCACAGCGCCUGGUAAGGUUAUCUGCAGCACCGACUGUAAGCAGGUGAUGGUGUGUUUAGGCAAUACUACUGGUGGUUACACUCCUACGGUGGUGGCAACGUGCCCCACCACCGGCAGUACGAGGUGCAGCGCAGAGCAGGCCGCCUGCGUUGCAGAAGAGGACUCCGAGUGCCACCCUCCAGUCGCCGCAAGUAGGUUUCCGUGCAACAGCGUCGGAUCCUUCCCUGACCCGUACGACUGCCAGACGUACCACAUCUGCACUGCGGCCGGCGGAGUUUCUCAAAGUGCUACAUGUAGCGGCACUACGGCGUACAACCCUCUGAGAGCAGACUGCAGCCUGUCGACAUCCUACCUGGUGUGCACGAGAGGCCCCAUCGAGCCCUGUUCUCAGCUGGGGCAGGUUGGCGUCGUCCCAGAGAACCAGGCCAUCUACUACAUCUGCACUCAGAACGGAGACGAAAUCUUUCCAGAAAUGUACAGGUGUACUGGCAACGAGAUCUUCGACGUUACCGUUGCUGCCUGUGUUGACCAAUCCACAACUUUGAAGAAGAUGCAACCUUAGCCAUUAAUGCAGAC